AGAGGACUGAAACUGCAGCUUUAAUGUGAAGAAACUCUUCUGAUUUUUUAUAAUUACUGUGGACUAUUUCCUUUACAAGACUGAAGGGAUGUGGAGGAGAGUGGCUCAGAUCCUGGGCCUGCUGCUCUGUAUACUGGGCUGGGUCUUUGUGGGCUGCACCCUCGCUAUGGACCACUGGAGAGUGGCUCAACUGGGGGGUCAAGGGGGUUCUUCUGUCGUGGUGACAGCUUGGUACUGGUCCGACCUGUGGAAAGACUGCUAUGAAGACUCCACUGCUGUGGUGAACUGUGUAGACUUCAGGUUGACAUGGACGGUCAAAUCAUACAUCCAUGCAGUCAGGGGGCUGCUGGUGAUCGGCCUGUGCCUCGGCCUGAUUGGCACAGUGCUCACAUUUUUCGGACUCGAGUGCACAAACAUCGGUGGAGACCGGAGGAGUAACGACAGGAUGUUAGGAACAGCGUCUGCUUUGCAUCUGGUCGGCUGCGUGUCAGACCUGGCUGCUUACUGUUUGUACAUAAACAGAGUGGCUGCAGCUUUUUUACACAGCAAAGCAGAUCCAUCAAAACUGAGCUAUGAAAUUGGACCACCCCUGUACCUCGGCCUGGUGGGGAGUUUCCUCAUUUUACUCGGCUCCACACUUCACUGUGCAACUGCAUGCAGAGUUAACCACCCAAAAAGCAGACCUCCCAUGGUUCCCUUCAUCUGUGAAAGAGGAGAUGAGAAAGAAGUUUUAAGAGGACAUAAACUCAUUUGUGCACCGUCAAACGUGUCGAAUGACUCCAGAAACAUCUUCACCUACAAGAUGGCUUCUGUUGUGACUGUGUGACACUAAAGAUUUUUAGUUUAUUUGUCCAGAUCAGGAUGUCACAUACUGAGGUCAUAGGUUUAAAUUCAUCUAGAAAAACAA